UCGUCACUCCCGCUCAUGACAUCAUUUGAGUUCCUUGCUGGAGGGCUCCGAUCGCUAAGUUUGCGGACCGCGCGACCGACGACGCCGAGGACGUACCGUAUAUUGCAAGGCACGACUGUGUUGGGUGCGAGGAGGUCAAUAUGUACCGAUUGCUUAAGGGCCUUGCGCGCACAGAGGAGGGGUGGGAGGAGUAGCCGGGCCGCUCAUUCGAAUGGCUGGCACACGACAUUGAGGCCAGGUGGGCUUGGGUUUAGGGGAUUGACUCAGGGGGUGCAGUUGAUGCAGAAGAGUAUGACCCGUGUCUAACCAUCACGGACCGAUGGCAGAGUACGAGGCAAGGGUUAACUCGGGCAGGUUGAGAGAUGAUCCGCAUCAACGAGACAUCAUACAAAGUCUUGAAGAUUUGCACGAAAUGCUAUCCACGUACGAACAACCCCCCGUCCAGCAUCCCACCAUCGAAUCCCUCCAACCCCCAAAACGGUCCUUCUUCUCGUUCUUCUCUGCAAAGCCCGAGCGCGCCACCAUUCCUCCUAUACCCGAAUCGCUGCCUCAAGGACUGUACAUGUAUGGCGAUGUUGGCUCGGGAAAGACCAUGUUGAUGGAUCUCUUCUACGAGACGCUUCCGCCGAACAUCAAGCGCAAGACGAGGAUACACUUCCACGCCUUCAUGCAGGGCGUACACAAGGAUCUGCACAAGAUGAAAAUACAACAUGGGAAUGACAUCGACGCGAUUCCCUUCGUAGCUGCGAAUAUCGCGGAGAGGAGCUCCGUGCUCUGCUUCGACGAAUUCCAGUGCACGGAUGUAGCAGACGCUAUGAUUCUCAGGAGACUAAUCGAAUCCCUCAUGGCCCACGGAACCGUAAUCGUCACAACCAGUAACCGCCACCCUGACGACCUUUACAAGAACGGCAUCCAGCGCGAGUCCUUCAUCCCCUGCAUUAACCUCCUGAAAUCGCGCCUGGAAGUCAUAAAUCUCGACUCGCAAACCGACUACCGUAAGAUCCCUCGCCCGCCCUCGGGUGUCUACCAUCAUCCUCUCGACGCGGCAGCGACACAUCAUGCGGAACGUUGGUUCCGCUUCCUAGGGGAUCCAGAGAACGACCCGCCACACAGAGCGGUGCAUCAGGUGUGGGGACGCGAUAUCGUGGUGCAGAGGGCGAGUGGGAAGUGUGCAUGGUUUACGUUCAACGAGAUCAUUGGCAGCGCGAGGGGUGCCGCUGAUUACCUGGAGCUCAUGAGGCAUUACGAGGCCUUCAUCGUGACGGACGUGCCUGGGAUGAGUCACAAGACGAGGGAUUUGGCGAGACGCUUCAUCACGUUCAUUGAUGCGAUCUACGAGAGCCGGGCCAAACUCGUCAUGACCACCGCCGUGCCCAUAACCUCCCUCUUCAUGUCCGAGGCCGAACUCAGCGAAGCCAUGUCUGCCUCGCAGGCUAAAGGCGACACGCCCAAACCCGCGGCUACGGGUAACCCAGACGACCAUGAGGACGUCAGCGACGCCAUGCGCGCCAUGAUGGACGAUUUGGGGAUGAACAUGUCGAUGCUGAAGAAUUCGAAUUUGUUCACCGGGGACGAGGAGCGGUUUGCAUUUGCGAGGGCGUUGUCGAGGCUGAGCGAGAUGGAGAGUCAGGAGUGGGUGGAGAGGGGGUUGGGGAUGGAGAAGAAGGGGGGUAAGGCGGAGAUGGAGGGGUGGAAGAAGGUGAGGAGUCGGUGGAGGGAGGAUAGUGCGUAGUAUGUAUGUGUGGGGAGGGGUUGGUAUUCCUAGAGUUCCUUUUGGCGUGCAUUAUUUAGCGGCUCUUUGAGUCGGAAGAUCAUCUAGAGGGCUGUUUUGCGUGCAUGAUAUCCCGCUAUUCCCGGUUGGAUAGAGUAACAGUUGGAGACGACUAUGGAACUAUUUAUCGAAUCAUUG